AUGAAUAUUCCGAAACAAGCUAGACCUGCCCCUGCCGGACCUGCCGGACCUGCCGGACCUGCCCCUGCUGGACCUGCCACCGGACCUGCCCCUGCCGGACCUGCCCCUGCCAGACCUGCCACUGCCGGACCUGCCGGACCUGUCCCGGACCUGACCCUGUCGGACCUGCCCCUGCCAGACCUGCCACUGCCGGACCUGCCGGACCUGCCGGACCUGCCCCUGCCGGACCUGCCCCCUGCCGGACCUGCCCCUGCCAGACCUGCCACUGCCGGACCUGCCGGACCUGUCCCGGACCUGACCCUGUCGAACCUGCCCCUGCCAGACCUGCCACUGCUGGACCUGCCGGACCUGCCGGACCUGCCCCUGCCGGACCUGCCCCCUGCCGGACUAUAA